GCGGUCGUGUCGCCCAGUAAACCUUAACUUUACGAUGAUCGUAGAUUUGUGAGGUCAUUCUAACAUGUUACUUUGUGAAAUUGUUUGAUGUGAUGUAAAUAGUUUGUGAUUAAUAACACUUCAAUGCCUGUGCUCCACGCGAAGUCUGCGAUGUGGUCGCGCAAGCAGUCAGUGUGCAGCGCAGUCAGCGGCGCCUCCAAAUGUGACGACACGGACGUGCCAUUCGCUGGCGGACUGCAACUCUACCCCUUCGCCAUGGCUCUGAGGGUCAGAGUCUUACAGAUAGUAUGCGGUAUUGGAGGUCUGGUGGUAGGAGCGGUCGGGUGGUUGGAAGAACGACAGAAACCAGAACUAGGACUUGGAGUUCCCGCUGGUGCUGUCACAGUCUUAGUAGCAGCGUUAUCAGUAUACUACAGCCGCGGCUUCGGUGGGUGGGUGUCAGCGCGAUCGCGGUCCAGCACGAGCUGGGGCGCUCCGUGGCGUGCCCUCGGGCCUUCGCCCUGCGCCGCCGUGCCCCUCACAGUGCUGUGGCUCGCGGCCGUCAGCGCACACGUCGCCAUGCUCGUCUUCUGUAUUAGAUCUUUAUUAAAUAUUGGAUGUUCGAGCACGACCUGCAUCGGCGUGGCUAGUGCUCAGCUGGCGGUGUCGAUCACGACACUCGCUGCGCAGGCGUUCAUGCUGCAACUAGAUCUGCGGUACGACGCGUCAGUAUCGCCCCCGCCGCGGCAGUCCGACGCGCACAUAUGUACUGCUGUGUCUAUGGUACCAUUAACGUCAGUGGCGAUCAACAGCGGCAACAGCGGUGAUGGGACAACAGAGGGGGGCAGUCCUCAAAAUAAAGAGAAAGACAAGGACCAGCCCCCUCCUGAGCCCCCCACUUGAUACAACGGCACAAACUGAACAAGACUGAAUAGUUCCACGUUCCAUGUUUCAAAAAAAGUGGUUAAAAGAACUCAAACUCGAAAACGAGAGAGUGACAGCGAAUGGGUGAACUGUAAUGUUAAGCACAAAAAUGUACCAAAGCAAAGUGUAAAACUAUAUUCUUACUUAAUUAAA